CACCAUCACCACCACCAUAUUAAAAGCGCAUCACCACACUACAGCGCCUUCACCACACUCCACCACCAGUGUUCUGUCCACCACCACCACUACCACAGCACACACACACACACACACACACACACACACACACACACACACACACACCACAGCGGCGGCAGGUGUACAAGCAGUGUGCCACGCCAGCGCCGCAGCAGCAGUGGGUGUGGGCGCGUGUUUACCGUGGGCGGCAUGGUGGUGGUGGUGGUGGCGGUGGUGGUGGUGGUGGUGGUGGCGGUGGUGGCGCCGGGUGUUGGUGGGAUCGGCGCCAGUCGCCAGGCCGCGGGCAGGGGCGCAGCACACACCGGCGCGGCGCCCCCUCCACACCUCGCAGUGACAUGCACGCCCGUUCUGCACGCCCCCUGUGACGCCGCCGCCCGUGUGUCCGCGUGUCCGUGCGUGCUGUGCCGCGUGUGUGCGUGUGUGUGUGUUUGUGUGCCGCAGUGGGCGUCGCAGCGAGGCGCAGCGGCCAGGCAGUGGUGGUGGUGGUGGUGGUGGUGGUGGUGGUGAGGAGAGAUGGCGGGGGGCAGCGGGGCGCCGCCCCCUCCCCAGCCCCAGCCGGACCGCCCCUCCUCGCCCGCGUGACGGCCGGCGGGCGGCAUGGAGGGCGAGGAGUGCCCCGGGGGACGGCGGGGGUCGGCGGGGGGCCGCAAGGAGGGGGGACGCGCGUCGCGGCUCAAGGAGCGAUGGCUGCUGACGCGCAAGACUUGGCGCUACAUGAGCGACGCCGGCAAGAAGCUGUUCCCCGAGGGCGUGAACCCGCAGCGCGCCGAGGACCUGCCGCGCGUGGCGGAGCACUUCCAGCGCGUCAACAGCCGCCAGCAGGACUUCCUGGUGUGGCCGCAGCCGCCAGACACGCCCCGCGCCGCGCGCCGCGUCCGCCGCCGCCAGGCAGAGGCCCCCUCCGACUCCAGCGACGACUAUGUGGACAGCGACCCUGAGGGCGCCGUGGUGGGCCCCACCGCGCCGCGCCCCAUGGACUCCGGCGCCGUCGGCGUGGACGUGGGCGUGGACGCGGGCGAGGGCGCGGGCGCGUGCGGGAUGACGAUUCCGGGGGCGUACCCGUGCUCUGGCAGCCCCAGCGCCAGCCCCGGGUCGGCGUGGACGCCGCGGGAGCGUCUGGUGUCCCUGGGGGAGGUGCGGUGGGAGGUGCCCCCCGAGGUGUACCAGCAGCUGGUGCGCCUGGCGGGGUCGUGCACGCUGCAGCACGUGGCGUCACGCCUGCAGGAGGAGCAGCUCACGGAGGAGGACGAGGAGGACGAGGAGGAGGAGGAGGGCGGCGAGGAGGAGGCGCCCGAGGACCUGCUGAGCGUGGUGCUGCCCGGCCACCGCAGCGUGGGCGUGCAGACCGAGCCGCGCCUCGACAUGUGCGUGCAGACUGACGACGACGCCGCCGCGGAGGACAGGGUGAAGGUGGGCGCCGAGCCGCGCAGUGUCACCGAGGCCGCCGCCGCCGCCGCCCAGGCCCAGGAGCGCGGCCACGCCCCCAAACACCCGGCGCCGCGGGGCCGGAGGGCUCGCCUCCGCCCCCCACCUGCAGCAGGGCCACCAUCCCGCGCAGCACCCGCCAUCCGACGCCCCCGAGGCGCCGCCCAGCGCGCCCCCAGAGGGCGGCACCAGCACGGCCAUGCUCAAGAAGCUAUGGCAGCGGCGCGAGAGUGCCGCCAGCGCCUCCCUCAAGGCCGAGGAGGCAGCGAGGGACGCGCGGCGCGAGGGCAGCGCGGCACGCGGCAGCCAGGUGGCCCCAAGCUGGCCUGGGCGGAGCGGGCGGCGGCGGCAGGGGGCGGCGCGCCCCCAUCGCCCAUGGCCAAGCCGGACAAGACGGAGAAGAAGGGUCUGAAGAACGUGUUCAAGCUGGGCCUCAAGUGUGACGUGGAGGGCGGCGGCGGCGGCGGCGGGCGCAAGGCGACGGACAAGACCAAGGUGGACAAGUUCAAGACAGUGAACUACGACAAGACGCUGCGCAACAUCAAGUCCCGCUGGAAGCCGUCGCCCGAGGACGAGGCGCUGCUGCAGCAGUACCGCCAGCACCUGGGGGCGCGUGAUCCACGCAAGAUCAAGCGCAAGAGCCGCGGCGUGCAGGUGGGCGACCCACUGCCGCAGUUCAUCCUGGCGGGCAUCCGCAUCAACGCGCCCGUGGAGAUUGUGCACCAGCGGCGCCGCGGCGGCAGGUGGCGGCGGCGGCGCCUCUCCAAGGCAGACUCCUCGGACCUGUCCAGCAGCGAGUGCUCUGCCAGCGUGGCGCCCUCGCUGCCGCCCUCGCUGCCCACCUCGCCGCGCUACUCCGUCACCGUCACGGACGAGGCGGGCGCGGCGCGCGACCUGCUGCUAGGCGAGGCGGAGCUGCUGCGCCUCGCCGCGCUGGGCGUGCUGCCCGUGCCCGCGCCCGCGCUCAAGCGCCCCAGCUCUGACGCCUCCGUGGACACCAGCGAGUUUGACACCGAGGCGCCAGGGGGGCGGCGAGCGCGGGAGGCGCGGGGGGCUCGGGGUACCAACUCGCUGUCGGCGCUGCAGGCCUCGGGGCACCUGCACCAGCUGCUGGCCGCCAUCAGGAGCCGCGGUGCUUCCCCGCAGGUGUCAGGGGGGCACGGGGGAGGGGGCGGGGCGGGGGGCACUCCGCGGGGCAGCCACGGCCUCCUACAGAGUCUCCUUCCGGCAGUGAUGCAGCGGUCCAGGGCGGCGGGCGGCGCCCACGCCUCCAGGCUGGUGGCGAAGAAGAUGUGGCGCGCCAGGUCCAAGAGCCAGUCCAGGGCCUCCCCCGCCAGCACCUGCGUGUGGACCCCCCUGGGCGGCAACACUUGGAGUUCAGUGACUGGGCGUGUGGUGUCAGUGGAGCGGGCGUGUCUCCUUCACCUGACGGAGCUGGAACGCCUUACCCUUCAGCAGGUGGCCUUGGGGAAGCUACAAGCCCUGAAUUUGGGGUGCUCAGUCAGGGUCCCCACUGAGCACACAGCCUCGGGUGGGCGGAAAAAGAGGCGCCCAUAUCUCCUGAAGAGGAAAGCCCUCACCACUGGAAUAUUUGACAGCAAGAAGGAAGAAGGAAAAGAUGGCGUGGAGGGAGGGCAAGUCUUUGGUCUUUCCCUGAACAAGUGCCUGGAAAAUGAGAGGUUAAGAAGCAGGGAAAUGGCAGAGAAGGCAGCAUUAACAGCAGCUGCCGCCGCCGCCACCGCUGCCACGGAAGAGAUGAGUCCUUUUAGUAGGAAGUCUUCUAGGGGGGGGUCCCACGCCUCCUUCUCCUCGCUCAAUGAAGGAAAUAAACAGUCCAUGGGGUCCCUCGAGAGUCUGAACUUAGACCGAAAACGACCAAGCUUGGCAGGGAGCACCACCGGGGGAGGAGGGGGUGACGGGUUAGGCCUCUCCCCCUCCCCCUUGACUGCAGACCUCCUUGUGGUUGACCCUAGUCCCCAGAUACCAGGCCUAGUCAGUACGUGUUUAAGAUAUCUUCAGAGUAAUGGUCUUCACACUCUAGGCCUCUUCAGGGUGUCUUCAUCAAAGAAAAGGGUUAGACAGCUUCGUGAAGAGUUCGAUAAAGGCGGCGAGGUGUGGCUGUCAGAUCAACACAGCCCUCACGACGUGGCAACUUUACUUAAAGAGUUCUUCAGGGAUCUUCCGGAGCCCUUACUGACCAGGGAACUGUACGAGCCCUUCAUCAAGACCCAGAGAAUAAGGAACAGAAAGUUGCAGUUCGAGGCGCUGCAGUAUUUGGUUCAACUGAUGCCAGUGCCGAAUAGAGACACUUUGUAUUCCCUUCUCACCUUUCUGGCAACUGUGGCGGAGCAUUCAACUGAUCGCAUCUCGGAGACAGGUGAAAUGUUGCAAGGAAACAAGAUGGACAGCAGCAAUUUAGCAACGCUCUUUGCACCCAACAUUCUACACACAGUCAAGGCAGGUGCGGGUGGUGGUAGUGGUGGUAGCAGCGGGGAACAAGCGACGAUAGAUAUGGCUCAACAAGCAGAGGAGAUCAUUAGUGUUGUGAGGACAAUGAUAGAUCACAAUAAGGACCUUUUUGAGGUGCAGCCAGACAUGUUAGACGAGACCUACCAGCACCUCAUGGACAGCAACCCAGAGGCGCUAGACAUCCUGCUGAGGCGCCGCUGUGCUGGAGGAGAUAAUCGCGGCCAGCACCUGCAGGAACUUCUAGCCUGUCUCCUGGACCCCCCACAGGCCCAGAGACUCGUUAUGUCAAGCUCUCCCAGCCUGGACCUGGAGGUGGAGACAAGCAGCAGUCUGUGUGAGGGCAGCGAGUGCUCCUCCUCCCUCCCACGCUCCCCAACUGACCCGCACUUGCACCACGACUUCGACAGGAGGCGCCUAGAGGAGGAGGAGGAGAGCCGCGGGCGUCGCGUGGGCGGCGAGGAGCGGGCGUGGUUCAGGCGGCGGGACAAAUCGUCCUCGAGGGAGCGAGAGGACAAGCACCACCACCACCACUACCAGCAGCAGCAGCAGCAGCAGGAGAAAAGCAGCAGCAGGUGGUUCAGGCGGCGCGACAAGAGCUGCGACGAGGCGGCGAGGCGGCGCGGCGCGGCGGCGGCGGCGGCGGCAGCGGAGGCGGAGGCGCAGCUGAAGGUGCCAGACGCCGCGCCGCGCCGCCUGUCCUCGCCAGAGAUUGACCGCGCCGGCGUGAUCACCGCCUCGCUGCGCAUCCCCGUGCCGCUGGGCGCCGCGCCGCGCCCCGCCGAGGAGGAGGCGGCGCGGCACAGGGUGGCCUCCCAGCGCACCAGCAGCGGCGGGGCGACGGGUGGCGCGGGCGGCAGUGGUGGCGGCGGGGGGCGGCAGCGGUCAGGCAGCAGUGACUCGUACCUGGGGCAGGCCAUCACGGCGGCCAUGACCUUCCAGCCGCUCAGCAAGAAGAGCGGUGACCGUCUCAGCCAUGACUCAGUGCUGUCCUCCUCCUCCGCCGACGCCUUCACGCUGUCCCCCUCCCCCCGCAACACCCCCCUGUCCGACCCCUCUGCCUCGGGGGCCUCCUCCCCACUCAGCAGGACGGGCUCGCCGCCCCCGUGGCUCAGCCCCGACUCCGGCACCCCCGGCCUGUCGCCCCCCAGCUCCCCCCCAGUGCAGACCCGCCGCAGGGGGGAGCCGCGGCCCCUCACCUCCGUCACCGCCGCGCCCGCCGCCGUCGCCGCCGCCCGGGGCCCCGCCGUGCCGCCCCGCGCCAGGGCGUCCCCCGCGGGGCAACUGCAGCCCCAGGGCGCCUUCCCCCUGGGCCGCUCCCGCACAGCAGAGCACAUCCGCCCCGAGGCGGUGCAGGUGGAGAGCGGCGCGCGGCGCGGCAGCGCGGCGCGGCGCUACACACGGCGGCGUUACACAGGGGAGCGGCACCCCACGGGGCAGCUGCCGGACCUGAGUAGCAUGGCGGGGGAGGGCGGCGCGGGGGGUGCGGGGGGUGCGGGAGGCGCGGCGCAGCAGGCCACGCUGUGGAAGCGGUGGGAGAUCAUCGCCUCGGACCCCACAGAGCCUGAGACAUUCGUGUGACGCGCCGCCACGCCGCCACGCGCCGCCACGCCACGCCACGCUACCACGCCACGCUACCACGCCGCGACCACGCCACGCCUGGCACUGCCACGCCCGGCAGUGCCACAGCCAGCCAGCCUACCUGCGUAGCAGCCAGCCAGCAGCCAGUGCCCCGGCAGCAGUGCCUCUCACCACCACCACUGCCUCAGACCAGUGCCUCGGAUCACUGCCCUCCACCACCACCACCACCAGUGCCUCACACCAGUGCCAACAGCAGUGCCACACAGCAGUGCCUCUCAGCAGCAGUGCCACACAGCAGUGCCUCACAGCAGUGCCACACAGCAGUGCCUCACAGCAGUGCCACACAGCAGUCAGUGCCUCACAGCACCAGUGACUUGAACAACACUCAGUGCUUCACACAACACUGUCUUGCACCAACUGAUAUAACACAAUCUUGAGGGAACAGUGUGUGUGUGUGUGUGUGUGUGUGUGCGCGCGAGAGAGAGAGAGAGAGAGAGAGAGAGUGUGUGUGUGUGUGUGUGUGUGUGUGUGUGUGUGUGUGUACAGAGACCUACGUACAGUUCCCCAGGGGGCGCCUCCCCCCCCCAUUGCCUGACAGUCUUUUCUAUACAACAAUGUACAAGAAUGAUAAUAAUGAUAUAUUUCAGAGA